GACCCUCUCACCUGCCCCUCCCUCAUCCCUAUCAUGUCAUGUCUCAGUCUCAACCUCAGCCUUAACUUCAAGACCACUAUAUACGAAUACGAUACGGAUACGAAUACGAAUACGAAUACAAUAACAGUCAACAUUGAUUCCUCCCUCUACCUCUAAACCAGUGAAAAAGAAAAUAAGUGUUAAUAGCUACUUCUCUUCUCUCGAAUCUUACCUAACUACCCUAGCCCUAGUUCUAUCUCCUUCUCCUCCAAAUUAACGGAGUUAAGUCAAGUUAUCAUCUUUUUUCUAAAUUGAUUUCUGGGUAUUUCUUAUUCAUAGCAUUGGACUUUCCCUUCAAGCCUCGUUUUUGUUGCUAAAGGCUUCAAGCAUACAUUGGUGGCACUGUUGAUUUAUCACUAUUAUUAAGCUAUGAACUCUCCAAUUCACACCCCUUCAUCAGCGUCUUCUUCUUCCUCCUCCUCCUAUAUGCUUCGUCCUCCUCCAUGCCUCACUCAUGCUUCUAGCAACCUCAAGUGUCCUCUGUUGUUGCCACAGACAACCUCUACCUUGCAAAAGAAGUACAGCUGCUUUGGAGCUCAUGUGGAGGCAUCUUUUAACACUAAUCCCUUGAAAAGUUACACAUCAAUCAGAUGUUCUCCAAACCAAUCACUCAAGAAACAGUUGUUCUCAGUAGGAUCUUUAGCAACUCCAACAGCUCAAGAUGUUUCUGAUACCACUCUUAUUGGUGAUGAUAAGAUUGCAGUGUUACUGUUAAACCUUGGAGGUCCAGAGACUCUAGAAGAUGUGCAGCCUUUUUUGUUUAACCUUUUUGCUGACCCGGAUAUAAUACGGUUGCCAAGGAUAUUUAGUUUUCUUCAAAAACCAUUAGCCCAAUUUGUAUCUGUUGCAAGGGCGCCAAAGAGCAAAGAAGGCUAUGCUUCAAUUGGUGGUGGCUCUCCUCUCAGACGGAUGACUGAUGCACAGGCUGAAGAAUUGAAGAAAUCUCUUUGGGCAAAGAAUGUCCCAGCUAAAGUAUAUGUGGGCAUGCGUUACUGGCAUCCAUUCACUGAAGAAGCUAUUGAACAGAUUAAAAGGGAUGGAAUUACAAAGCUUGUUGUUCUUCCUCUUUAUCCACAAUUUUCAAUAUCAACCAGUGGCUCUAGCCUACGUCUACUGGAGAGUAUAUUCCGUGAGGAUGAGUAUUUAGUCAACAUGCAACAUACGGUAAUACCUUCAUGGUAUCAACGUGAAGGAUACAUAAAGGCCAUGGCAAAUUUAAUUGAAAAAGAGCUGAAGAGUUUUGACUGUCCUGAGGAGGUCAUGAUAUUCUUUAGUGCACAUGGGGUGCCUCUUGCUUAUGUGGAAGAGGCUGGUGAUCCAUACAAGGCUGAGAUGGAGGAAUGUGUGGAUUUGAUCAUGGAAGAACUUGAGACAAGAAAGAUAAAUAAUAGCUACACCCUUGCUUAUCAGAGUAGAGUUGGACCGGUGGAAUGGUUAAGACCCUAUACAGAUGAGACCAUAGUUGAACUUGGAAAAAAGGGAGUGAAAAGUCUGUUGGCUGUUCCAAUCAGUUUUGUCAGUGAGCAUAUUGAAACUCUAGAAGAAAUUGAUGUUGAAUACAAAGAAUUGGCUCUAGAAUCUGGUAUAGAAAAGUGGGGCCGUGUUCCUGCUCUAGGAUGCGAACCUACCUUCAUUUCUGAUUUGGCAGAUGCUGUUAUUGAGAGUCUCCCGUAUGUUGGUGCCAUGGCAGCUUCAUCAAACCUUGAAGCUCGACAGUCUCUGGUUCCGCUUGGCAGUGUAGAAGAGUUAUUGGCAGCAUAUGAUUCACAACGCAGGGAGUUGCCACCACCAGUUAUAGUGUGGGAAUGGGGUUGGACAAAAAGUGCUGAAACAUGGAAUGGAAGAGUAGCUAUGCUGGCUGUGCUUCUUCUUUUGUUUUAUGAAGUCACUGCAGAUAAGGGUCUUCUGCACCAGUUGGGAAUAUGGCCAUCACUAAUGUGAAUGAAUCAUCACCAUAUGCCCUCUAUAACAGGAUUUUAGUUGAGUUCAGUUUUGACCAUUUGUCAGUAUAUGGCCUUUUUAUACUACAAUCAAAUCAUGUUCUUAACGCAUAAAGUUUUCAAGUAGUUUUAUUACCAUAGUCAUGCUGAUUUUACAAUGUAUUAAUGCAUGACUAGAUCAGUGUAAAAGACUUGAUAGUGUAUAAAUAUAAAAUCCAUUUAGUUUUUCUUGUA